GAUUAGCAGUUUAGAACGAACCAAAAUAAUAUGGUGGUAUUUGUCAUUUAUCAGUUGCGUGACAGCUCGGAGUUCUGUGUCAGAUCGAAAUGGUGUUUGUUGUGAAAAAGUUUAAACAAUAUUAUUGAAUUUUUAAAAAUUCGAAUAUGGCUAAUCAUUAUGAAGUACCAAACUGGGCUGGGAAACCACCAGUAGGUCUUCAUUUAGACGUAUUAAAAGGUGAUAAAUUAAUUCAGAAGCUUAUGAUUGACGAGAAAAAAUGUUAUCUAUUCGGCAGGAAUUCCCAAAUGAAUGAUUUUUGCAUUGAUCACGCUUCUUGUUCCAGGGUACAUGCAGCUUUUGUCUGGCACAAACAUCUCAACAGAGCUUUCCUAGUAGAUCUCGGUAGCACACAUGGUACUUUUAUUGGAAAUUUACGUUUAGAAGGAUACAAACCGACUCAACUUCCGAUUGAUUCUAGUUUUCAUUUUGGGGCUUCUACGAGAAAUUAUAUCAUUAGAGAAAGACCCCAAACUGGAAUUAGACCUAUUAUAGAUGAAAUUGAAAAAGCUGGUGAAGAAUCCGAGGGAGGAUUAUUGGGUUUACCGGAAACGGAAACUGAAUUGGACAAUCUAACAGAAUUUAACACGGCGCAUAAUAGGAGAAUAUCAAUGUUGGGUAUAUCAGAUGAUACUGAAAAAAGGGGUAGCAGAAAACGUAAACGACAGUACGUUUCCUUCAACGAAGACGACGAAAUAAUUAACCCCGAAGACAUAGAUCCCAGUAUAGGCCGAUUUAGGAAUCUAGUACAAACGACUGUCGUUCCCAUGUCGUCCAAGAGAAUCAAAAUGGGGGAAAGUUUAGGAGUAACGUCACCAGAAUUCAAACAACCGAAAACUAUACACCACCCCAACGUCACCAUUCCGGAUUUGUACAACGAUUUACCCCCGGAAUCCCAUCAAACCGGUUCUGGUAAUUUGGGCAUGUACAGUUCGUUAAGUUCUAGGUUGGGUAUCGUUUUGCCAAAUCCGGCGCCCGAAAUCGAUAUGGGACAUUCUUUUGCCAAUAACACACCGUUUGUACCCCAACAGGUGCAGGCUGCGGAUUCUAUGGAGCCGAAGAAGAAGAAGUACGCCAAGGAGGCUUGGCCGGGAAAGAAAUCCGUUCAAACUUUGUUGGUGUAAUUAUAACAAUGGUGGCGUUUCAAGUUUCGUUCCGGGGUCUGAAUUGAAUUUUGAAUAAAACAAAUUUUUUUUUUCGUUUCAAUUCCCUUUCGAUCUAAUCGUUUUUGAUUGAUUAUCGUUACAUUUUUUUACGUUCUAAUGCGUUUUUGUACAUUUAAAUUGAAAUUUUUCUUACAGGGUGCGUCACAAAAAUGUAUAAGUGUAAAUUUUGGAAAAAAACUUUGUUUAAUAUAAAAUUACGGAAUAUUGUUUGGUGCAAAUGAUUAUCGAACGUAUUUUUGGGGUUUUCUCGUAAUAUUUAAAUGAAUUAUCUACAGGAUGACGCGUAAACGUUGUUAUAUAUUAUUUCUUUUUUUUUUUCAACACUGUAUUAUCAUAAUAAAUAUCUGAGGAUAUUGAGUUUCAGAAUCUUUCAUAUGGAAAAAAUGUUGAUAAAACUUUAUAUUAAUAUGUACAGGGUGGAUACGAAAACUUACCCGAUACUUCCUAAUUUAACAAUAUUUUCAAAACCCCUGUAUUAUUCAUCUUAAAUAUCGAAGGAAAUUGAGUUUUAGGACCUUUACCCAUAUAAAAAAAUGACAUUGAAACAUUUUCUGAUGUAUAUAUAAAUAUACAGGGUGGAUACGUAAACUUACCUAAAAUUUCCUUUUAUAUUUUGAAAUACCCUGUAUUAAUCAUAAUGAAUAUCGGAGGAUAUUGAGUAUUAGGAUCCUUUCAUAUGGAAAAACAAUGGUAAUAAAAGUGUGUAUUAAUAUGUAUACGAUAACUUCAUUUUUUAACAAUAUUUUCAAACACCCUGUAUUAUUCAUCCUAAAUAUCAUAGGAAAUUAAAUUUUAAGAUUCAUUCUUCUAUAAACAAAAUAAUAAAAAAAACUUAUUCAUAUGUACAGGGUGGAUACGAAAACUUACCAAAUAUUUUCUUUUUUAACAAUAUUUUGAAACACCCUGUAUUAUUUCUUUUUUUAUAUAAAAAAGUGACAUUGAAACAUUUUCUUAUGAAUAUAUAAAUAUAUAUACGAAAACUUACCAAAUAUUUUCUUUUAUUAACCAUAUUUCAAAACACCCUGUAUUAUUCAUCCUAAAUAUGGAAGAAAAUUAAAUUCUAAGGUUUAUUUUUCUAUAAAAAAAAUGAUGAAAAAACUUAUUCAUAUGUACAGGAUGGAUAGGCAAAUUUACCCAAUAUUUUGAAACACCCUGUAUUAUGUAUCCUAAAUAUCCAAGGAAACUGAGUUCUAGGACCUUUUCUUAUAUAAAAAAAUGAUAUUGAAAUAUUUUCAUAUAUAUAUAUAUAUAUAUAUAUAUAUAUAUAUAUAUAUCACUCACCUAACCUAACUAAAAAUUUUCUUUUUUAACAAUAUUAUGAAACACCCUGUAUUAUUCUUUAUAAAUAUCGUAUGAAAUUGAGUUUUUAGAUCUAUACUCUUAUAAAAAAAAUUGAAAAAAAAACUCAUUCAUAUAUAAACUCAGUAAUAUUUCCUUUUUUCAACAGUUUUCGUAUUCGUAUUAUAUAUUUUGGAUCGAUUCAAUGUUUCACGAUUUUUUCACGUAUUAAAAAAACUGUAUCAAAACAUUUAUAUGUACAGGGUGGAUACGAAAACUUAGUACCAUUUAUUUUUUUAUUUAAUAUUUGGAUCAUCCUGUAUCACACAAUAUGAUUAUCAGAUGACAUUUAAAAUGCAUAUGACGAGUUUUAGAUGAAAAAAAUUGAU